AUGGACGACAGGAACAUGGAAUCGAGCAGCUCCACUUUUACUGAUGUCUCGAGCGACCAUCCCAAGAGUAUUAUACACAUAGACGUUGAUUGUUUUUACGCUCAAGUAGAGAUGGUGCGGAAACCAGAAUUACGGUCCCUACCACUAGGAAUUCAACAGAAAAACAUUGUAGUGACCAGUAAUUACGAAGCUAGGAAGUACGGUAUACAAAAAUGCAUGCUCGUUUCAGAUGCGCUUAAAGUUUGUCCGAAUUUAAAAUUAGUAAACGGUGAAGACUUGCACGACUACAGAGCCGCCUCGAAUAAAAUAUUUACGAUACUGCAAAGUUGGAAAGGUCCGGUCGAAAAGUUAGGCAUGGAUGAAAACUUCAUUGAUGUCACAAAUUUAGUGCAGGAAAAGUUGAAAAGUAUAAAUGUAACAAGCAUCACACUUUCUGGUAAUGUUUAUUGCGAACCAAGUGAAGAGUGCCCCUGCGGCUGUCACACGAGAUUAAAAGUAGCAUCACAAAUAGCUAGUGAAAUGAGAAACAAGAUAUAUGAUGAGUUAGGUUUUACAACUUGCGCUGGAAUAGCACACAAUAAACUGUUAGCUAAACUAGUUUGUCCACUUAAUAAACCAAAUGACCAAACAACUAUAUUUCCAGAGCAUGGGGCCAAUUUUAUGACUACAUUACAAAGUGUUCGUUCAAUACCAAGUAUUGGUUCUAAGACUACCGAGGCUCUCAUUUCUCAAAAGAUAAUAACUGUGAGCGACCUACAGGAAGUGUCCCUUGAAGUUUUGAAGAAACAUUUCAGUGGUGACAUGGCAGUUAGAUUAAAAAACUUAAGUGUAGGUGAAGAUAAUACUCCAGUAAAGCAAUCGGGUAGGCCACAGAGCAUAGGUUUAGAAGAUAGCUUUAAGACUGUCAGUGUAAAAAGUGAGGUGGAGGAGAGAUUUGCAGCACUGUUACAGAGAUUGCUAAUAUUAGUGAGAGAAGAUGGACGCAUUCCAGUUUCACUUCGAGUUACAUUACGAAAGAGAGAUGUGAAAAGGUUAAGUAGCCAUAGAGAGUCCAGACAGUGUCAAGUGUCCCCCUCAAUAUUUACAAUAAACAAUGGUACACUAACAGUCACUGAAGCAGGGCAACAGAAACUGAUGAGCAUAAUAAUGAGAUUAUUCAACAAACUCAUUGAUCUGUCCAAACCAUUCCAUUUAACUCUAGUAGGCCUGGCAUUUACUAAGUUCCAAGAGCGUAUGACUGGCAGAGGUUCAAUUGUCAAUUAUUUAAUGAAUGAUAUAUCUGUCCAGUCAGUUCUCAAUAUCCAGAAUGAAUGUGACACAUCAGCCUCCUCAAUGGACUACUCUGCGGCGUCGCCUAGUAGCAGCACCACAACUGAUCUUUCUGAUGGUGAAGUUGAACCAUCACCUAAAAAGCCCAAAAAAGUUAAUUGGAUAGCUAAAAGAAGAUGUUUAUCAAAAGAGGAGGUCGCUUCUCCCAGUAAGUUGAAAGUCGGUGAACUCAGACUUAAUUCAAAGGAACUAGAGAAAGUUUCCGAGCUUCGUUUAAGUUCUCGAGAUAGGUCUCUCACACCUCGAGCAAGUCCCGCAAAAGAUAACCCUCCAGAUACUACAGAUUCAAUGAAAGACUCCGCAGAAGGAAGCAAUUGUGAUGGCUGUCCUAGUUACGUUGAUAAAGAAGUAUUUAAUGCGCUUCCGGACGAGAUGCAGCAGGAGCUAAAGGCCAUGUGGAAGAAUCCCUCAAGCUCAGAGCUGCCCAGAAGUAGCCCUAGAAACUUGAACAAAGCAAAACCGAACACACUCUUGAAAUAUUUUGUUCCACACAAAUAGUAUUAGUAAGAUUUUUAUCUUGUUAAUUAAUUUAAGUGAUAAGUGAAUGGUUUCUAUUUUUUCAAAUCAUACAAUUUUUAUUACACUGAUCAAAUACAUGUUUAUGUUAUAAA